GUCGGAAUCUCUUUUGAAUUCCUUCAAUCUUUCAGACUCCUCCACUCCUCCACUCAACACAAUGGCUGCCAAAAACGCUGUUUCUGUGGCCUUCAAUGGCAUCAAUGGAGCUUCUUCUCGAGUUUCAACCCUGAGAACCCUUCGUAUCGCUUCUCAAUUAAACCCAAUUCAAGCAUCAGGACCCCGCAGGCUUCCCCAGACACCAUUCCGCUCUUCUGUUCGUUAUGCCUCGUCCAACGCUGAGGGCGAUAAGGUAGCAAAGACUGGCCUUUAUGACCUUCAUGCUUCCAAUGGCGCCAAAUUCGUACCAUUCGGAGGUUACCAAAUGCCAGUGCAAUACGGAGACUUGAGCAUCAACGACUCCCACAAGUGGACGAGGGAGAAUGCUAGUCUAUUCGACGUCGGACACAUGGUGCAGCAUUACUUCAGCGGCCCCGGUGCCCAAGCAUUCCUCGAGUCGAUUACACCCGCGUCCCUUUCCACCGUGGAACCGUUUAACUCUGGCCUGUCUGCUCUCCUCCACCGCGAGACUGGAGGCAUUGUGGAUGAUACCAUCAUCACACGUCUCCCUGAUAAGUUCUAUGUCGUCACAAACGCAGGUUGCAGAGAAAAAGACCUUGCCUACUUCACCGCCGAGCUUGAAUCCUGGAGGAGCAACUCCGCGAAUCCUGCUGUGGAAUGGGAGGUCUUGGAGAACCAGGGCCUUGUUGCUCUCCAAGGACCCAAGGCGGCCGCAGUCCUAGAAAAGGUCCUAGAUAAGGAGUCUGCAGGAAAGUUGAAGUCUCUCUACUUUGGCCAGUCGAUGUACGCACACGUCAGUACCUCAGAAGCCGAAAUCCUAGUUAGUCGAGGUGGCUACACAGGUGAGGACGGGUUCGAGGUCAGCAUCCCUUCAUACGCUACCGAAGCUGUCACUCAAUUCAUCCUGGAGUCUGGCAAGGACGAAGUCCGCUUGGCUGGACUUGGUGCUCGUGACACUCUACGUCUGGAGGCAGGCAUGUGCCUUUACGGCCAUGACCUGAACGAUGACACCACACCCGUUGAGGCUGCUCUAUCUUGGAUCAUUGGCAAGGAUCGCCGUGCAAAGGGUGGUUUCCACGGCGACUCAGUCAUAUUAAAGCAAUUGAAGAAGAAAUCUGAGGGGGGCGGCGUCACCCGACGCCGUGUAGGUUUUAUUGUAGAAGGUUCUCCCGCAAGAGAAGGAGCAGACAUUGUAGACCAAGCCGGAGAGGUGGUGGGCAAGAUCACUUCAGGAUGUCCAUCUCCAACUCUGAAGAAGAACAUCGCUAUGGGAUACAUAAAGGACGGCCUUCACAAGAGUGGAACCGAAGUUGGCAUCAUCGUGCGUAAUAAGAAGAGGAAUGCCGUCGUGACCAAGAUGCCGUUCGUCCCAAGUAAGUACUACAAGGCAGCAUGAUGCUAGCUAGUAAUACCGCCAAAGAAAGCCACGAAUUCCUUUUUCAUGUCAUAUAGAAGCAGCACUCUUGUGAAUAUUAUAAUCUGAUCCCUCCUGUACAUCCCCGACAUCCAGAUCUUCUUUUGGCUUUCAGUUCCUGUUUCGUAGCGAACUCAAGGGUGGACCAUCUAACUCACGUGUCACUUUUCCAACCUCUACCUGCACGUUGAUCCUCAAGUUGUCGACAG